GCAUCUUCGAAGACCUUUCCUCCACCUUGAAAAGUGCAUUGAGAAGGAAAAGAUCUUGUGAAAGAGGCUCUAGGUUGAAGAUGGCAUCAUGCCUUUAUGAAUGCCUUUGUGAAGCAGAACUUGAAAAAUACUUCCCCCACUUUGCUGCCUUUGGUCUUCAGAAAAUUGAUGAGCUUGCCAAAGUUUCCAUGGAAGAUUACACCAAACUGGGGGUCCAUGAUGUAAAUGACCUCAAACGUCUUUUCCAGCUCAUAAGAAUAAUCAAAAUUAUGCGACGAGAAGAUGCUGCAGACUUAAGCAAGCAAGAUUUUCAACCACAUGGCCUUUUCAUUCAGCCUCAGGUGACCAAGUCAGGACCCUAUAGACAGCUGCGUUUUGAGUCCUUCUGUGAAGAAAAUGAUGGAACAGUUAAAGACUCUGAAUCUGAAUUGUAUAAUUUACCUGAUUUCAGUGCCAAUGAAAAGAAGGACAGUGUAGGGGAAAUGCUGGGACACAUUCCACCACAUGAUUCAGAGCCAAUCAAAUUAACUGGAAGAGACCUAAAUAUUCCUGGAAUAGGUACAAAAGAUGACCUGAGCUGUCCAACAGUUUCUGAUGAUAUUGCUCAUAUCUGUAUCAGCUCCAAUACUUUCGACAAAGAGACUCCAUGGACAGAGAGUGAAAAAAUCAGAGUGUGUGUCCGAAAACGUCCUCUCUGCCAGAGGGAGGAGAGACAUGGGGAGUCUAAUAUAAUCACAGUGGAAGAUAAGGAAACCCUAAUUCUCCACCAGAAGAAGGAGGCAGUUGAUCUUACACAAUACAUUUUACAGCAUGUUUUUUAUUUUGAUGAAGUCUUUGAGGAGACAUGUACCAAUGAGGAUGUGUAUAUGAAGACAGCUUAUCCUCUCAUUCAGCAUAUUUUUAAUGGAGGCAAUGCAACUUGCUUUGCAUACGGACAGACUGGUGCUGGCAAGACUUACACCAUGAUAGGGACUCACCAGAACCCAGGACUCUAUGCCCUGGCUGCCCAGGACAUCUUCAGGCACCUGGAAGCAUCACCAUCCAGGAAAGAUCUUAUUGUUCUGAUCAGUUUUUAUGAGAUCUACUGCAGACAGCUUUAUGACCUGCUAAAUGGAAGGAAAAGGCUUUUUGCAAGAGAAGAUGGCAAGCACGUUGUUCAGAUAGCUGGACUCCAGGAGGUUCGGGUGGAUUCCGUAGAUCAGCUGUUGGAGGUGAUUUUGAAGGGGGGAAAAGAACGUAGCACAGGAACUACUGCAGUCAACUCAGAUUCCUCUCGGUCUCAUGCUAUCAUCCAAAUUCAAAUUAAAGACACGGCCAACAGGGCAUUUGGAAGGAUAUCAUUCAUUGACUUGGCUGGCAGUGAAAGGGCAGCUGAUGCCAAAGACACGGAUCGACAAACAAAAAUGGAAGGAGUAGAAAUAAACCAAAGUCUUUUGGCCCUAAAGGAAUGCAUUCGGGCACUGGAUCAGGAACAUACACAUACUCCUUUCCGGCAGAGCACGUUAACUCAGGUGCUAAAAGACUCUUUCAUUGGCAAUUCCAAGACAUGUAUGAUAGCUAAUGUUUCACCGAGUCAUGUAGCUACAGAGCACACCCUGAACACUCUGCGAUAUGCUGACAGGGUCAAAGAGCUGAAGAAAGGGAUUAAAUAUCCUGCCCCUGUCACAAAAAGGCAUCACAGAGCUGGAAAUAUAUCUCCAAAACGUGUCCAAACCACUCUCUCUUUGCCAUCUGGGGAAAAGAGCUCUCCAAAGCAAGCGAAGCUAGGCCUACAGCAUCCCUCAAGUGCUACAAAAGGAAGGGCAUAUCCUGCAGUACUCCAACCACCUGGUGUGCCUCUUACCUCUACCCCCAAGGGAACUGACAAAGGACAUGCCUACAAAGGAACCAGAACUCCCUGCUUCCGCCACACCACCCCAGUUAAGGGAGUCCUACGUAUAACACAUCCCCUGAAGAAAAAUGAUCUAUCCCCCCACUCUGAAAAGAGCCCCACAGUGAAGGAUUUCAUUGCCACAGCAGAAACGGAAGAAAGUGGCCAACAAGACAAGUAUAUGCAAAACAGAACACCUGUCCAGUACCUGAAAGUCCAGACAGUGCAACCUCUUCAGAGACAACUUGUUCCUAGGGAAGAUAAUUCCUUUGGAGUUGGCAACCUGCCCUCUGACAGCGAACAGGAAUGGGGAAAUACUUUUGCUAAACAGUCUGUCGGACCCUGGGCAUAUCUGCCUCCAUAUCAGAAGGAAAGGGAAGAGCAUUUACGUCUUUAUCACCAGCAGCUUCAGCAGCCCCCUAUUCUAAAGCAAAAAUUGAACUAUCAACCCCUUGAGAGGUUUUUAAUGCAGUACAAGCCCGAGGAGAUUCAAGUGAAGCCAGAGCCGAGCCUUACUCUAACUGAAGUGCAGAGCAAAGAGUGGGUACAGCAGGAAGAUGUGGAUGACAGUGAUUUCAGUGAAGAUUCUUUCUCACCUGUCUGUAGUCAAAAGAGUGUGAAAAGAAGAAAUAGCAACAAAUCCAGUCCACAUUCAUUUUUCCUUCAUGAAAGAGAGCAAGGAACUGAAGAAGAGCAAAAGUACAAGUCCAAACACAGACGUCUUGUUUACUCCAGUGAAGCCACCUUAACUCCAGAAAAGAAUGCUUCAACCCCAUGUGUAUCUCCUGUAUUGAAAUCAGGAACUCCAGAGUGCAAAGAGUUUGAUCUCCAGCAUGAGGAGAAGGAAGAAUCCACUUUGGAUAAAGAGGCUGCCCUUGCAGGAGGAGGUGUAAAAUGGAAAGCUCGAAAAAAUGGAGUUAGCCACUCUGUUUCUUCCAGUGAUUCCUCAGAAUUCACCUCUGAGCUCAUGGCCCCACUCCUUGUGUUGCCUCUUGAUGGUGAGGACACAAGUGAAACAGAGAAAGCACCUUCCAACCAAGAGAAGCCCCACCACAAAAAGCAGGUGCUGGACAGUGAUGCCCAUAGCAGGUUUGGGGACGAGGGCUGGCAGUGCACCAGGAGCAGAUCUCUGACCGACAGCAUGCUGGGUCUGUGGGACGAGCCCCAGCACAGGGAAAGGCUCUGUGUCCUGCUGGGCUCCUCUCAAGUCACACACAAGAAGCGCCCAUCCACCUGUGGCCGUGUGAAGCCAUGCUGCGGCCACCCGGGAUCAGUUUUGUCCAAGCAGGGAGUCCGGCACAGUUCAUUUGUUGGACAUGACCUGACAGAAACAUCCACAGCUGGAUCCACAGCUGGAUCUGCCAUCCCCAGGCCAGAGAGAGAGGGUGGGGGGCUUUGCAGUGACUCCCCCUUCAAAGAACACUCGGGAGGCAGACAAUGUGGUGCUGAUAUUAAUCAGCAUAACAAUGCUGGUAAUGCAGGGAAGUCUAACUCAAGUAAAGGGUCCCGUGCUGAGGAAAUAAAUGCUGAAAUACCUGAAAAGAGCUAUGCAUCCCAGUCCCUCUCUCAGGACAGCAGCUGGCUGCUGCAUCCCAAGCCAGAACUGAGCAAUGAGGACCUCACCCAUACUGAAGACCCUUCCAAGUCAUCCUUUGGCAAUGAAGAAACAUUGUUGCUAAAAAGGAAGUUAAAGCAGAGUAUUUUUACACUAGAGACUUUUGCUGCAGAUGCAGGAUUUGCAACCAAAGAUAAUAAGCCAAUAGCAAAUGCAAAAUGCCCCUCACACAUGUCCAGGAGCAGUUCUCCAAGUGCUGCAUCCAAGAUGGGGAAAGGAAAAUGGCAGAGGGAAGCCCUAGAAAAGACACAAGAGACUGUAAUUCGUGCUCAUUGGCAGCACUCGGAUGAAAUGGCAGAGCUGUGCUUGAAAGAGGAGUGCUUGAUAGAUCAGAUGUCAGAAAUGGAUUUUCAGGAUUUCAUGACAAUACUGGAUGAAACCUUGGUGCUGAAGUUAGAGUCUGUCCAAAAAAUGCGAGCCUUGCUUCAGUUUUGUUCAGCCUCCCUGGGUACUGAAACAUCACUGCAAACACAUCCACCAGUUUAGACCUUCUUUGCUUCCACAUGCACUGGAGCAGCUACAGGAAACCCCAGCCAGCACUUUGCUACACUUGGUGCUGCAGAGUGUGAGUGGUAGGGGACAGCUUUGGGUUUGAUAUUUGUGACUAGUGUAUGUUUAAUACAAGGAUGAAGAGAAUUCUGAAUAAAUGACAGAUGACUAAUUGGCA